GAAAAACCAACGUUUAAGGUUUGUUUAUGAUAUGCAGGGAGGUUGAGUUAUAAAUAGAGGAUCCAACCCAUGUUUGGUUCAACACUAUUAUUUGUCUCUGUAAAGCUCAAUCGAUUUAGACUCGAGUAGCUGCUGGUUUGGCUUUGCUUGCUUAUCCAAGAUGGUGGAUCUUCUUAAAGCCAUGAAAGCUGAAUUGGAAAUAGACAUGGAAGCAAGGCUAGCAUCUAUGGAGAAUUCACUCAAAGAGCUUAAGAAAAUGAUUUCAGACUGUAAAACAAAGGUAAAAUUUGUUGAUGACCUGGUGAACAUGCUCAUUAGAGCUGAGCUUGACAAUGAUCCGAGCAUUGACGACGAAAUCAUGGCCUGGAUGGUAGAGGAAGCUACGAGGGCCUUAACCGAAGCGAUGAGAGGCUCGGCCUCGUCGGAGCUGCCCUGCCCCACUGCCGCCGGAAAUGGUGGAGGGAAAGAGGGCAGUUCGAGCGAUGGCGAUUGAUAUCACAGUGGCUCUGCUUUGUUUUCUUGCAUUUAAUAUUCUAAUUUUGUCGUAUAAUAAUGUUAUCUAGAACCUUUAACUCUAUGUGGUAUGGUAGAGAAAGGAGUUAGUGUA